AAACAUUUCAGUGCAAUCGAAUUUACAUUUCGCAGGUAUUUUGAUUUGAAUAUAAUACAUCCACCACUGCUUAGUGACGAGCAAUAUCGGGCAACUGUUUUUGUAAUAAGAGAACAUAAUACUACAGAGAAUUCUUCAGCUUAUCNAGAAUUGUACUUCAGAACGCCAUCCACAGCUCCUCCUACAAUAGCAAAUCUGGAAGUUAUUGAAAUUGACACCAAUCAAGAUAUAUUACACUUACGAUGGUUAAUUCCACUCUCAUCUUCAAAAAAACANUUUCACUAUUAUAACGUUGCCACUUAUUGCAAUCACUAUGUCAAGUCUAUUAAAGUGACAAUUAAUAAAUUCUGCAAUUUGUGGGAUGAUUAUGUUUGCGUGAAUCUUUACAAAAGAUGUUUCAACAUUCAGAUUUUUGAGAUACAUAAAAAUGGCACAGCUUUAAGCCAACCGUNUAGUGUUUCUCAAGAAAUGUUUGCUACUACAAAGCCAGACAAACCAGCAUCUGUUAGUUACACAUUACACAAUAACAGCAUAAUCACUUUACUAUGGUAUCAUCCUUGGAAGACAAAUCGUCAACUACAAUNUUUUCUCAUCAACAUAGAAGAAAGUACUUCAUAUCUGAAACAGCGCAUUUCUCAAUCAACUGCGAAAAAGAAAUAUGAAUAUUCAGUAGAAGAAUAUAUGCGUACUUAUACCAAGCGUUUACAUUUAUAUCCAUCAACAUUGUAUCGAAUCUAUAUUCGAUCUAUGACUAUCACAAACGAGACCAGUCUGUACAAUUAUGUAAAUGUACAGACACCGUCAACCGCAACGUUUGAUGGCGAUUUACACGACGUACCGGAUGAAUUUACUUCUACUAUCUCGUUACAAGUACCGCAUAUUCUUAAUGAUACGUAUGAUAGUUGUAUACACAUCAUUGUGAAAGGACCUACUCGGUGUAAGAAUUCAAAAAUACCUGACAAUUUACUAAACCUGGCGAAUGUGAAAGAGAAUGAUGUCGCUUGGCAAGCUGCUGAGAUCUCGACAGAUGAGAUUGCUCGCAACAAGUAUACCUUCAUAGUUGGUGACAACAAAACUUACGGAGGUGCAAGAAAUUGCCCAUUACAACCUAACCGAUUGUAUGAGAUAAUAGUCAUUUUAACAGAACAAAGAUCAAUAUUUCGGAUUUCUAAUGAAACAAUCAUGCUUAGAAUAUCGACUAGCAUCGGAGAAGUUCUCUCCAAUGGUUCAUCACUGCCUUUCGAAAUAUGGUUAAUUCCCAUAAUAUUACUGCUCAGUAUAGGUGCCACAGUUUCUUAUAUCUAUCGAAGAAAAAAGCGACAAGUGUUGAGACAGAUAAUGUCGCAAAACGAGAUGGAGGAGUGGCAAAAUGCUGAGAGAAUGACUGUUCUUAAUAAUUGUAGGAAUAUUUAUAUUAGUAAUAAUAAUAAUAUUACUAAUAUUUAG